CAAGAGCUUGCUUUGUCCCUGAGCAUACACACACUGUUGUGUGUUUGUAUAAGAGGCCAACCAGAUUCAACCAGCCACCACCCAACCAUCCACAUGUUCCGGAAGGUGCCUGCUUCUCCGUGAUGUGCCCGUUCCUGGUGGGGCCACUGGAGUUGUCAGCGUGUGUGUACCCCAUCAUCCUGGACAGGCCCUUCAUAGAGGGAUGCAUGCGCACCGGGGCCCUGCGCUGGAGAUUCCUCAUGCAGUGUCUGGAAAACCUCCACCGUAGCCUCCAGGCCCUGGGCUCCAUACUGUAUGUGCUCCAGGGGCCCUACCAGGGGACAGUGAGGUGUCUGGUGGCCCAGUGGGGAGUCACCCAACUCAGCAUGGACACAGAGAUAGAGUCCCACACGACACCCAACUGGACCAGGAGCUUCACAUCAUGGCCUGGGUACUGGGCCUCAACAUACACACCACUGUGGCGCACAUGCUCUAUGAUGUCCAGGGCCGGAUUAAUGCAGAGGCUUACCGGGGCUGAAGCCCAAGAGGCAGCAACAACAAAAAAAUGGGCAAAGACCAGCUUCCCCUGGAUUGACGCCAUCAUGACCCAGUUGAGGCAGGAAGGAUGGAUCCACCACCUGGCUAGACACGCUGUGGCCUGCUUCCUCACCAGAGGAGACCUGUGAAUCAGCUGGGAGGAGGGCA